GUGUCCUGGGGACAGGGGCUGGCUGGUUCACGCCGAAGAGCUUCGCGUCUGUGGUUGGGAUAGUGAGGGUACCGGUGACCAUGAGAUCCCUCCGGCUACUCAGAGCCCCCUUCCUGUGUGGCCUGCUCUGGGCUUUUUGUGCUCCAGGUGCCAGGGCCCAGGAGCCUGGGGCUGGUGUCCCCCAUCCUAGCAGCGUGGGCCUGGAUAAGAACACAGUGCAUGACCAAGAGCAUAUCAUGGAGCAUCUAGAAGGUGUCAUCAACAAACCAGAGGCGGAGAUGUCCCCACAAGAACUGCAGCUCCAUUAUUUCAAAAUGCACGAUUAUGAUGGCAAUAAUUUGCUUGACGGCUUAGAACUCUCCACAGCCAUCACCCAUGUCCAUAAGGAGGAGGGAAGUGAACAGGCACCACCAGUGAGCGAAGAUGAACUGAUUAACAUAAUAGAUGGUGUUUUGAGAGAUGAUGACAAGAACAACGAUGGAUAUAUCGACUAUGCUGAAUUUGCAAAAUCUCUGCAGUAGACGUUUUUUGGCCAUCUCCUAGUUAUAUGCAAAUGUGACCCAUGAUAAUGUGAUUGAACACUUCUGGUAAUAACCCAUUUCCAACUACUGCUGCGGCAUUUUGGUAAAAUCCUGUAACAAUUUGUUACACUGGGGUAAGAAAGCGAAAGGAAGAGAAGUAAAAGAGAAGCAAAAUGGGACAUUUUAUCAGACAAGGGCUUGAUGAAAGAAUCCUUUUAAGGGAUGUGGGUUAAUUGGAGCUGAGCACUCAGGAACUUGACUGUAGAAUACUGCUUGUUUCUUGAUUUUAAUUCAUGCUACCUGAAAAGUAAGACAAUAAGCUUUGCCAAGUGGACACACUUUUCAGUAACAGUGAAGGGAUGGAAUGAAUGCCUGACAUUUCCCCUGCCUCUUUAAGUAAACAUGGUCAGUAUUCUGUGACGUUCCUCUGGUGUAGUUCACUUGCUUGGGCAAGUGGCUCUGUUGGGCUGUAUUAAAGCCACAGUGUAAGAAUGUCAAGUACAGAGUUCAGCUGGCUACACAGUCUGAUUCUGUUGUCUUCUGGCAUUUUGGAAAUGAUACACCACUGGCCUAAGUGAUUAACUUUUUCCAGAUUUUCAGUAUUUUAUACAACUACUGCCACAUUCUUAUAAUUCUCUUCUGCCAUCUUCAGCCUGGGAGAGACCUUGAACUUAAAAAUAUUGUUGAGUCAGUAGCAAGUGUUUUACCUUUCUUGAUAUUUAUACUUCACUCUUGUUUCGAGUUUCCUUUCUUCAGUUUAGGAUCUAUCAGGAAAGUAAGGACUUGGAACAGUAGGUUUGAACUAUUAGCUGGCCUAGCGUGAGUGGAAAGUGAAAAGAUCAUUCACCAAACUUGGUGAUUAACUUGAUCCAAGUUCUAUUUCAGAAGAAUGUUUGCUCAAUGACCUCUUCCAGCCUGAGUACGCAAAUUCUCUUAUUUCAAGAAAGAUUAGAAAAGGAAGCCCAAAACCCCUUUAACAGUGUGAAUCUCAGUAACAUUUGAAAGUGAGGAGGAGUCACGGAUUGUAAUUUGGUUUGUUGGAGGGAUAGACAUGCUGUACUAGAAAACCCAAAAUGAUGCUUGAAUGGGAAAAAGAAACUGCAUAAAAUUUGCUGUAAGAUAUACAGAGACUUAUUUUCUUUAUUAAAGUAUUCUUAUAAGAACACAUGUAUUUGUAAAAAUGGUUUCCUGUGUCAAGUAUUUGUGCUAUCAGAGCUGACUUGUAAACUAUUCUUGUAAUAUCUCAUUAUUUUGAAAGAUUUAUAUAAUGAAUUCUAGAUAUCUGACCAA